AUGGUGGUGCUCAACUUCACUCUGAGUGAAGAUGGCGUGGCCGUGCUCCACGAUUCAUUGUCAUGCAUGUUCAAGUUCAGUGACGAGGUCUGUCUCGAGGCCAGGAAGGAAAAGGUUUGCCUGCAGCUUAUGUUAACAACGCUGAACAUCUCCAAAUCGGCUUAUGUUUGCUAUUCCUUCGCCGCAACCCGCUUCUUCUCCGGGUACACAUUCGAGGGAAGCCCCCAGUACCGCGAGAAGUUCUCAUGCCAGCUCUACAUCAAGUCCCUACUCGCUAUCUUUAGAACGCGGCAGGGUGGCGGCGAGACUGCCUACGGGAGAGACGCCUCCAUUGAACGCUGCGACGUAGCCAUUGACGAUGGCGUUGGCAAGAAAAGCCGUCUUGUUGCUAGGGUUUCUUUUAGGAACGGGAUCACUGCCUCGCAUAUUCUCCCAUACGAAGUCAAAGCACCCACCCACGCAAAGUUCAACAAGCAAGAGGCAAGAAACCAAUGGGCCAUCUCUUCCAAAACACUUCGCCAGCUCAUGGACCAUUUCGGACCAGGCAUUGAGCUCCUCGACAUCAACACAGAUGAGGACAGCAACCUCGUCAACUUUACAUGCUUCACCGAAAAGGUCCAGAAACGGGGCGGCGCUAACAGCGAGACCGUCCUCAAAAAGCCCCUUCACACCAACAUCGCGGUCGAGAUGGACGAGUUCGACAAUGUCCAGGUCGAGGACAAACUCCACAUCAUUAUCAGCGUCAAGGACUUUCGCGCCAUCCUCCAGCAUGCUCAGAUUACCAGCGGGGAGCUAGCCACAAGCUACAGCAACCCAGGCCGUCCCAUGAAGUUAUACUACGCAGCUGAUGGCAUCCUGUGCGAGUUUAUCUUGAUGACUGUUGGCGAGAAAGAUGCCAGAGAACCAAGGCAAAAGACCGCCCGGCCAAAUGCCUCUGCAAAGACUCCCAGGCCAGAGCUUGACGCGGCAUCACACAGAGCUAGUUCAAUGUCCAAUAGUGUCCGCCAGCAAGCUCUGCCAGAUCCAACCCCGCAAACCGUGGCCCAACCGCCACAACAGCCACAAAAUCCAACAUCGUCGAGGCCUCGCCCUCCACCGGCAUUUCACCUCCGCCCGCCACAGCAGCCACCCCCGGGGACGGCACAGUCGGAGGACUCCCUGUUUAUGGGACCGGCGCCCCAUGAGCUGGACGAUGACCGGCAGUGGGAGCCUAUCAAUCCUGACGAGGACGAGGAAGAGGAGGAGAAUGCCAGGUUGGAGUGGAACUCUACCAGUGAUCCGAAUAUAUCCACUCUGCGUAUUAGUAGUUACCUGCAGAAAUCCUCCACCAGCACAGAGGACACUCCGUCUGAUCGUUUGGUGUCAGGACUCGAUCCAACCCAGCGCCUUUCACAGGUAUGCUCAAUUCCCCUCCUCCUCAUGCGGACUCAACUGACGAUAACCUUAGGUCCGUGGGUUCGGCUUGUUCACCGAUUAAUGACAGCAUUUGCAUCUCGGCGUUCGGCAGUGUUUGGCGGUUGUUCUCAUCACUGA